CUGAGUCUGUUCGUCGCAGCCGCCGCCACCUCCGCCGCCGCCCCCUGUCCCGGCCCCCCCCCUGGGUUUCCUCAGCCCAGCUAGGUCCAGCCCGGUUCUCGGGAGAAUGAAGUUCGUGUACAAAGAGGAGCAUCCGUUCGAGAAGCGCCGCUCUGAGGGCGAGAAAAUCCGAAAGAAAUACCCAGACCGGGUCCCGGUGAUAGUGGAAAAAGCUCCCAAAGCUCGGAUAGGAGAUUUGGACAAAAAGAAAUACCUGGUGCCUUCUGAUCUUACAGUUGGUCAAUUCUACUUCUUGAUCCGGAAGCGAAUUCAUCUCCGUGCUGAGGAUGCCUUGUUUUUCUUUGUCAACAACGUCAUUCCACCCACCAGUGCCACGAUGGGACAGCUAUACCAGGAACACCACGAAGAAGACUUCUUUCUAUACAUUGCCUACAGUGAUGAAAGUGUCUACGGUCUGUGAAGCUGCUGUCCCUGAGGUGGGGGUUCCAUUCCACAAAGAGAGGUGGCGCUCCUUCCUUGACAUCUACUUCCUCCUUCAGGCGAAAACAUCAUCUCCCUUCUUCAAGAUCUGCACUUAAUGUUUGAGGCUGAUUCUCCAGUCCCUCUCAGCAAGAGGGGUAAUGGUAGACACAGUCUCUACAUCUCCUUCCUUUCUCCUUGUUUGCCCUCAUUCCCACUCUGCUUUAGACUUCUUGAUUGUCAAUCUCUGUCACAUCCGUUGAUUGUUUUGGUUUCUAUUCCCUUUCUAACUGCCCAGCAGGCUCAGAACCCCAACAAACCCUUCCUUUCACUACCUUCUUUUUGGGGGGGUAGAUGGAAGGGGUUGACUUUGUCAGGGGGAGGUAGGAGGCAUAUCAAUAAAGAAGAAACCACCGAGCUGAAUUGAA